AGAGAUACAGCAGCAGCAGGCAUAUAUUUUUCUAGGACUCAGUACUAUACAACCACUUUCAUGCAAUGGCUUUACAGCACCAAGGGAAGAAAUUCAAAGUACAUACAAAAUUUGAAGACAUAAUGUCUCUAAAUUAUGAUCCAAAUCAAUUUGUUCAGAAGAAGGAAAUUGACAAUGAAAUAGUCUAUAGUUUCAAGUUCAGAGGGGAAGAUGUUGACCUUACUCUGUCUCCUGACGCCCCAUAUGGCAGUUUGCAAGUUGAUGGGAAGGGAGGAGACACAUGGUGGAAUGAAGCUCAUAGUAUUUUAGAUAAACAAUGUGAGAGACUUCAAUCUAGAAAAUUGAAAUUACCGGGUGCUGAGACAGGUGAAAAAAAGAAACCACUGGUAUCAAAAGAAGAAUUUCAUGACUGCUUUGCACAUCCUCACGCUUAUGGCACAAAUCCUUCAAGUUGGCGUAAUGAAACCACUCUACUGUAUAAAUACAGCUCAAAUGCAACCACUAAGUAUUGGGACAUUCCUGAGCACACUUGGAAAAAAAUAUUCAAUUUAGGAGAUAAACAUGCUGAACUUAUAAUGAAGGAAGAUCUGUUGAAUAUUCAAGACUACCUAACAAUUCAGCCAGAUGACUAUGAAGGAGGUUAUAAAGUUAUACUCAGCGUAGAAGUCAUUCUAAGCUACUCACCAUGUGACAAAUGUGCACAGGCAUUAUGUCAGUUAAAGGAAAAAAUGGAUGAAAAAGUAAAGCAACGUAAUGAAAAAGGAGAGCAAAGUAAGACAAGAAAUAAAGGCACUAACACAGAGAUUGAAGAAGUAGAAAAAAAUAAAUUCAAAAUCACCUUUUCAAACUUCUAUAAACAUUUAGAACUCUAUCAAAAUGAACACAUGAAAGGUUUAAAAGAUCUCUUGAAAAGUGAUAUAAAGCUUGAUGUCUUUACCCGUGACAACUGGGACUAUUUCUUCACUGCUGCUGGGUUAGUUACUGAGAGACCAAGGAGAAGAAGAAGAGAAAAGGAUGACAAGAAAAUUUUACAAUAUCUUGAAGAUUUGGUGGCUUUUGAUAGGAUGCAAGAAGCUCUUGACACAACCAAACUAGACAUGAAAAAUCAAAAACUGCUUUAAUGAGUUCUAAUGACACUGAAUUGAAUUAUUAUUGAAAGUAAUAAGUGUGUAUUAAUUUACUUGAUCACUUUAAUGGCAAUUAACUGUUAAAGUAUACAUAUAUUGAUUUAAA